AUGUAUUCUGGAGAUAAGCUGAAGGAAUUUAUUCGCACAUGCAAGAGAAAAGCUCUUGAAGCCUUACUUAAUGCCGCUGAACUUCCUACAGAAGGAUUAAAAGGCGAUCUUGUCACUAGACUGGAAGCAUACAUUGACGUUGGCCCUUCUAAAGAGUUUUUAGCGCACGUUAAUUUAAUAAUGCAGUCAACAAUGCCUCGAUAUGGUGUUCAUACAGGCGUGCCUAUUCCUGACAUUGGUUCGAGUGCACAGCCCAGUGUGACCAGCGGUAAUCCACAGGCCGUUUUAAGACCUCAUCCAGGUGUCCGAUUUCCGCAAUAUCGAGAGACUGCUCAUCAACAAUUUCCUAAAGUGGCACAUAUGGCACCCCCUAUCAUUCCUCCCCAAUUGAAUAAUUGGAAUAUUCAACCCAGUGAUCUUUCAAGGUCUUACAAUCGCCAGGGAACUGGAAGUGUAUCAUUACCAACCACCGAUGGAGUCGUUCGAGUCCCAUUUUUCCCAGAUUUAAGAUUCUCCGAUACUCCCUUUUAUGAAAUUCUUGAUGUUAUUCAACGACCUACUCUUAUUGUUCCUCCUGAUGUCAAUUUUCAUACUGGCAAGAGGCCGUACGAACGCACUUAUGAUUUCAAACUGGAUUCAAAUCAAUCGGAAACUAUCGCUUAUCACAGUUGUAAUGUGGGUAAUCGUCGAGAGUUUCGAGUUCAAGCGUUGGUGCGGUUUGGAAAACUGGAACCUUCCAUGCUUCAUCGAAUUACGGCAUCCCAACCAUCACUGGAACCAUUUCAGGAUAAUAUGCCAAUUCAUCUCGCGGUUCAGGUGAAUCAAAGGAAUGUAAUUCUUCCGCCUUUCCUUCCUACCUCACGACCAAAUAUGGAUGGUCGGCGAAACGCCAGACCAAUUAGUAUCACUUCUCAGUUACGAAUGUGCCCGGGGGCAGUUAAUUUAAUUAAGCUUUCGUGGUCUCAUGAUUACGCCUCGUUUACUUACUAUUUUUUCGCAAUAUAUCUCGUUAAAAAGCUUUCAACCAAAAAUUUAUGCGAUUUCCUCAAAAUGAAUUGCUAUCGCCCAGCAAAUUUUAUACGAAAACAAAUAAUAGCAAAACUAGCGUCUAGUGGAUUAUCACUUAAUGAUGGCGAAGAGGAAGAUGAUGAUAUUCAGAUUCAAAAUACUCUUCCAGUCCAAUUGCUGUGCCCUCUAUCCAAAUGUCGUAUAAAUCUUCCCGUUAGAGGGAAGCGUUGUCAGCAUAUUCAGUGCUAUGAUGCCGAUACCUACUUCAUAAUCAACGAGCGUAAACCUGCCUGGAAGUGUCCUGUGUGUGAUCUAUUGGCUCCUUUUGAUGAACUGUUUGUUGAUGGGCUUCUGAUGGAAAUACUCGAUUCGAAGGAGUCGCAAACUGCGGAAGAAAUCGUAUUUAACGAGGAUGGCUCUUGGGUUGUAAUGAAGUCGUCUGAUUGCGGUGGUGCUAACGGUAACGUUGAAAGUUCACGUGGCUCAUCGCCCCUCUCUACUUCAAAUGGCGAUGGACAGUCAGCAAACAAGUCAUCCUCUGUUAGUAAUCCCAGUACUGCUGCUUGUGCCAGUGUCGGCGGAUCCACUGAUGUGUUGAUAGAUUUAACGGCCUCUGACGAUGACGAUGGGGGAGGUCCACAGCCUCCUAAACGUCCAGCGAUUGGAGAACAGUCAUUGAGUUGUAGUGCGCCUUCACGACAACACUCUUCCUCUUCAACGUACCGGGUGUCUCAUCCUCCUCUCUCUGCCCCUUCUCAACAUGAAAGUCUUUCAAAUCAAUUUCUACCACAACACAGGCAAUGUCGACCUGUUCCUUGUGUAGGUAACUCGAUGCUAUGUGCACAUUCAAACUCGGUUCCAUCAACAUCAGCAAUGUCAAAUCCUGCCCUGUUAGUGGACGCCAAACCCGAUACUCGUCGUGUGUUUUUGUCCUCACUUGCUCCUCCUAUCCCCUCAUCUAGACCCUGCUCACAUUCUGCCACUCCGAGUCCACGAACGCCUCAGUCCUUGGGCCAUGCUUCAUCCACUGUCGCAAAAUCGUCACUGCCUAUUUCCCAGACGGUUUCCUCUUCCUCCAAUCACCAUAACAUCCCCAUCCCUCUAAAUCUUAAUACAAAGGAACUUAUGGCCAAAAUGGCUACUGCUGCUUCCUUUUCUCCCCGGAUUCUUGAGGAUUACAUGAGACUCCCUGAGUACAAUCAAUUUUCAGUCAAUUCUGUCCCCCAGCCUCCACCAAAGGCAGCACAUCAGAACAACGGUAAUAGCAAUAACAACAAUAUCUCCCAGGGUCGUUUUGCCAAUUUCAUACCCCCCUUUCCGGCACAUUCAAAUCUCCCAUUGCAAAAUACACAUCAGUGGAGAACGCAAGGGCCUUCCACUCUUUCAACUGCUCCCAGUAAUACAGUAAUUGUGAGUAAUUCCUCUACAGCCAAUCCUUCUUUCCUAUUUCCAAAUGUGGGCUCUGGUGGAGUAGGGGGUCGUGUUCCUCAAACAUGUUCAUCCUCAUCCUCGCCCACUUUCCUCGACUUUUGGUCCUCGGCAGCGGCUCAUAUGACCUCUGCACAUCCCAUGAUGCGUCAAUCCUUAGGAGACUUCUAUCGAUCCACUCUACCCCCAUCACCUCCUCAUGCCCACUCGAGCAACUCCACGCCUCCUCCUCCUCCAAAAGGUGACCCUCGACACAUCGAAAGUGGUGGUGGUCUAUAUUCAAGUCCCUCCGACUGGUCUACAAAUCAGCAGUAG